AUGGGUCGUCUCAUGACAUUAGCGACGUGUUCGCUCAACCAAUGGGCAAUGGACUUCUCAGGAAAUAAAGCUCGCAUAAUUGAAUCUAUUAAGAGAGCAAAGUCUGCUGGUGCCACUCUCCGUGUAGGUCCCGAGCUCGAGAUUACUGGUUAUGGCUGUCUCGACCACUUUCUCGAAGGUGAUACCUUCCUUCACAGCUGGGAAAUGAUGGCUCAGAUUAUCGAGGACCCCAUAUGUCAGGACAUUGUUUGCGAUGUUGGCAUGCCUGUACGGCAUCGCAACGUACGGUACAACUGUCGAGUCAUAUUCUACAACAAAAAGAUAUUAUUGAUCCGACCUAAGCAAUUCUUGGCUAAUGAUGGCAAUUACCGAGAGAUGCGAUAUUUCACACCUUGGAGUAAAGAGAGGUAUCUGGAGGACUACUAUCUGGAAGAGACGGUCAGGAACAUUACUGGUCAGAGAGUGGUACCAUUUGGUGAUGCCAUUAUCAGCACGUUGGACACGGCUUUCGCAGCUGAGACAUGUGAGGAGCUCUUCACCAGCAAUGCCCCUCACAUCCACCAAGGUCUUGACGGUUGUGAGAUUUUCACUAACAGCAGCGGUAGUCACUUUGAGAUAAGAAAGAUUAUGACGAGAUUGACGUUGAUGACUGAAGCUACAAGAUUGAGCAAAGGUGUCUAUCUAUACUCUAACCAGAAAGGUUGUGACGGAGACCGGCUCUAUUAUGACGGAUGCAGCAUGAUCAUCGUGAACGGGAAAUGUGUUGCUCAGGGCUCUCAGUUCAGCUUGCAUGAUGUCGAGGUCAUUACUGCGACCAUCGACAUUGAAGAAGUACGCUCAGCUCGAUUUGCACCAUCUCGAGGUAUACAGGCCCAAAACCAACAACCUUACCCACGAAUCGAAGCUGAUGUCGCUCUCUCUGAACCAAAGUCUGGCCCCUCGCCAGUCGAUCUGAGCCCAUCUGAACCCAUAUCAAUUCAAGCUCACUCUCCACCUGAAGAAAUUGCUCUUUGUCCAGCUCUGUGGCUGUGGGACUACCUUCGUCGAGUUGGUGUGGCUGGCUUCUUCAUACCUCUGUCAGGUGGCAUUGACAGCUGCGCAACUUCGGUCAUAGUCUUCAGCAUGUGCCGACUUGUCCACCAAGCAGUUCAUAGCACCACGAUCCAUCCGGCCACCAAAAGUCAAGUGAUCGCCGAUUGUCGCAAGCUAUGUGCAAAACCAGACAGUUGGCUACCGUCCUCACCCCAAGAAAUAUGCGGUGCUCUUUUUCACACAUGCUUCAUGGGCAGUGUCAACUCCUCCUCCGAGACUCGCUCAAGAGCAAAGAGGCUAGCGAAAGACAUUGGUGCUUACCAUACGGAUCUGAAUAUUGACACGGUAGUGGACGCGCUGACAGCACUCUUCACAACGGUUACAUCCUUUACCCCAAGAUUUAGACUUCACGGUGGCUCACCUGCCGAGAACUUGGCGCUCCAGAACAUUCAAGCUCGUCUGAGGAUGGUCAUAGCAUAUCUAUGGGCACAGCUAUUGCCAACAGUGCGACAGCGUCCUGGUGGUGGAGCUCUGCUUGUACUAGGAUCAGCAAACGUCGACGAGCAAUUGAGAGGGUAUCUGACGAAGUACGACUGCAGUUCUGCUGAUAUCAACCCAAUUGGUGGUAUUUCCAAGACGGAUCUAAAGUCCUUCAUUGCGUAUGCUAGCAAGGCUUUUGACCUGCCCGUACUCGACGAGUUCCUCGACGCAACACCAACAGCUGAGCUUGAACCAAUCACGGAGAGUUACGUACAGUCUGACGAAGCAGAUAUGGGCAUGACCUACGCCGAGCUGUCUGUCUUUGGUCGACUAAGAAAAGUGUACAAACUUGGUCCAUGGGGCAUGUACGAGCGACUUCUGUACAGCUGGGGUAAACCUGUACCGGAAGACCAGAAAAGUAUGGCAGAGGGUAAAGAAGGUAAAGGCGUCGAUGCAGUCGGUCAGCAAACUGUCGGCUCUACUCCAGAGAGUGCGGAUGCAAGUCACCUCAUCAAUCCUCGUGGACUAUCGCCUCGAGAAAUUCGAGAUAAGGUGCUGCGAUUCUUUCACUUCUUUCAGAUCAACAGACAUAAAGCUACAAUUCUACCACCUGGCCUGCAUUUGGAAGAAUACUCACCUGAGGAUAAUCGAUUCGAUCUGCGACCGUUUUUGUACCCGAGUGUCUGGACUGGUUGGGCUGCUGGGAAGAUCGAUCGGCACGUAAAAGAGCUAGAGGAGAAGAAGACGAGAUAG